AUGUCUGAACUUAGAGAUGAACAAGGGUCUAGAAAUAAUCAGAAUAACAGAAGAAGAGAGGGAGUUUCUUAUAGGACUCGAACUCCCUCUCACAGUGCCAGGUCCCAGUCUAGUACAAGCAUGCGUCUAAAUACUGAGGAUAUCCACAAUAUAGUUGUGGAAGUGGCUAAGGUAAUGAAGAAUGCACAAACCGGUAAUGUUAACCAAUUUGGAGAACGACAUGAAGAAAGCUCAGCAGCCUCCACGCCAGUACAAAGGGAAGGAAUGGGCGAAAGGAAAAACACUAUUGCAACCAGGCCACUAGAAGGAAAAGGUGAAUAUUCUAAAUCAAAGGAAUGUACUUAUAAGCACUUCAUGUCCUGUAAACCUCAGUCCUUUGACGGAAGAAAGGGAGCACUAGAAGCUCAAGACUGGCUCAACAGAAUGGAGUCAGUAUUAGACAUAUGUGAGUGUGAUGACCGCAACAAAGUACGGUUCACCGUACAUAUGUUUGAAGCUGAAGUCCUUCACUGGUGGAACAUUGUGGUCCAAACAGAUGGAAAAGAAAAGGUUAAGGAGAUGAAGUGGGAGGAGUUUAUUCAUAAGUUUCUUGCUAAGUAUUGUUCUCCCAGUGAGACUGAGCAACUGGAAGUGGAAUUCUUUCAGUUAAAAAUGGGAAAUAAAACCUAUCGAGAGUAUGUUUCUCGUUUCCACGACAUAUCUCGACUGGUUUCUUAUUUAGCAUUGACUGAGGAACAACUGAUCAAUAGGUUUAUUUGGGGUCUACCCUCUGAAAUGAGGGUGUUUAUCAAAUCCAAAUCCCCCAAGACUUUUGCAGAAACUGUUGAGGCUGGCGCCGUCAUGGCUGCCGAGAUGAUUCUGCGGCAGGCUGAAUCUCCCGUACCAAAAAGAAAGUGGGAAGAAAGAAAGGGGGACACCAGGAAUAACAACUUUAAAAGGCCUAAAACAUUUCCUCAAUGUCAAAUUUGCAAACGCUUUCAUACAGGGGAAUGUCGUUUUCCUUGUCCAAAUUGUAAAAAGACGGGUCAUGCUCUUCAAGAAUGCAAGGAAAAGAAGAAGACACAACCAAAUCAGCCAAAAGGGCGGGCAUUUGUACUCACCACGGAAGAAGCCAAGACCAAUACAGACGUUAUCACGGGUACGUAUCUCGUAAAUGAUGUAUAUGCGCGUGUGUUAUUUGAUACCGGUGCAAAUAGAAGUCUAGUGUCGACUACCUUUAGACCUUACUUGAACCAGGCGUCCCAAACCCUAGAUCAUACCUUUACAGUAGAAAUGGCUGAUGGAAGUCAAAGAGAGAUAGUUGACAUAGUUAAGAAUUGUAAAAUAAGCUUAAACAACCAUGUUAUCCCUAUAGACCUAAUGCCUAUGGAACUUGGAGAAUUCGACAUAGUCAUAGGAAUGGACUGGUUGACACCAUAUCAUGCGGAAAUUAUAUGUGACAAAAGGAUCGUCCGACUCCGAUUACCCAACGGCAAACAACUAACUGUAUCGGGAGACCGCACUGACAAGACUAAGAACCUCAUCACGAUAGCACAAGCACAUAAAUGCCUAAGGAAAGGGUAUGUUGCCUUUUUAGCAUAUGUCGUAAACACUACAGAAAAGCAGAAGGUCGAGGACGUGCCAGUAGUACGAGAAUACCCCGAAGUGUUUCCCGAUGAGCUCCCGGGACUACCAUCGGAUAGACAGGUUGAGUUUCGCAUUGACCUAGUUCCCGGUACAUCACCGAUUGCUAAGUUGCCGUACAGACUAGCCCCGACAUAA